CGUGUUGUUGUUGUUGAUGUUGUUGCUGCUUCCCCUCGCCAUUCACUUGUUGUGUGUGUGCGCCUGUGUGCGUGAUCUGGUGCGUCCGUGUGCGUCUGUGUUGGUGAGUGAGAGCGGUGGUGGUGGUGGAGGCGGUGAGGCGACUUCGGUCAACCUCGACGCGACGAGCUCCAACAACAUUUUUCGCUUGACGCGUUUGCUCGUUUGCGGCAGCGGCAGUCGUCAGUUGCACUGCGUUUGCGCUGCGUGCUGCGUCGCGGUUGCAGGUCGCGGGGCGUUGCAGCGUUGCGUUGCAGGUGCUCGAGUCUCGAGUCGAGUCCCCUGCAUCUGCAGCAAGCAAGCAGCAUCUGCAGCCAUGGGCAACCACCACAGUCACUCGGACAACGGCUCGGGUCCGCGGAAAAGCAUUUCGAGGACCAGUUCGGGGGCAGACAUAAAGGAGCAAAACCACGGCACGAGCCUGGUGCCCAUCGACAAACUGGCCAAGAUACUUGUCCAUAAAACAUCAGAUGAAGGCAGUGGUCAGAAUGUAAUUUCUGCUGAUGUAUUUUCAAAAUACCUUUUUCCUCAAUAUCCUGAGCUUGGAUUAAAAAUGUAUAAUUACAUGGCAAAAUGUGGUGGAGUGUCCAAAUCAUCCAACCACAUAUCUGCCUCUACAUUUCGGCAGCAAGCCGAUAAAUUACUAUCUGUCUUACCAGAUGAAAGGAUAGUAGAACUUUAUGUCAAGGCGUUCUCCGAUGGAUCUGAAGAAGUGACUCAAGAACAAGUUUUCGACUUGCUGAUGUUGACAUACCGCCUGGCGAUGGAAAACUACCCAGGAGGGCCGCAGACCUGUCUGCAGAUCCACCACACUCUCCAGGCAGUGGUGGAUUCAGCCUUCCACAAGAAGUUGGCAGUGUCUUCUGGCUAUAUGAGUAACUGGCUCCUACAACAUCUCCCUAGACUGGUGCCUUUGCUGCACCGCUAUGUGGUGCAUGUUUUGACAACUGCCUACCGGGCCCUUCAAGAGAAGCAGCCUGUUACUACUUCAGCUCCUGAAGAGGCUUCUGAUGAAGCGAAGGAGGGCAUGGAACUUUCAACUCCUGUCCUCGAGAAGAACGUUGAUGUUGACUCCAAAGGACCAUAUUUGCUACCAGUCUCUCAAGUUUGGCUUUUGGCAACAAGCCUUCCUCCAUUGUACACUAUGCCAUCACAGCAUCCUAAUGGUUCUUCCUCUCCUACUCAACCGAAUUGCAUGUCAGCCCAAUCUUUAAUAGCCAAAAUGCUGGGGUCUACUUAUCCCUCACACUGGGCGCCUUUGUACAGCAGCGACCAGCAUGGAAUGGGAGCUAAUAGGUUUCUUCACCAUGUUCUUAGCUACCGAGGACCCACUUUGACUUUCUUACGAGGACAGGAGGGAGUGGAGUUUUGUGUGGCUGCUGAUUCUGAAUGGCAUGAGUCAAAUCACUACUGGGGAUGUGAAAACUCUUGUAUUCUACAGAUCUUACCUCUCUUUCAUGUCAUUGAGCGUGGUGCAAAAAUUCUGUACUUAAAUUUGACAAUUCGUGGGUAUCCCAAAGGGAUUCAUGCUGGUAGUAAUCCCAGCAAACCAAGUCUGAAACUUGAUGAGUCUUUUGGUAUGAUAACUUACAGUGGAAUACCCUAUCCAUUGACUAGUGUGGAGGUUUGGGGUUGUGGCACUUCCAAAUCAAGGGAACAGCAACUUGAGUUAAAAAAAUGGGAAGUGAAGCAGGCUGAGAAACAACGAGUUGUAAAGCUGAGUGCUGCGGAGUGGGCAGAUCAUCCAGACAGAUACCUUCUUGAGUUGGGUGGCCGUCAAACUUACAACACUCCGUCCAAUUAGCCCCCUCUAGUCAGGCAGAGGUUCUGCCAUUAUUUUCCAGGGUUUUGUGUAAAUGUUAAAGAAUCAAUCAGUUAUAUUUUGAAUUAUACAAGUAUUGCCAUCUUAAUCAAAGAAGUUUGAGCUACCCCACAGUCAUGAAAAUAUGGGUAGAAACAGACAGUCGGAGUUGCGGCAUGCACUGUGCCCAUAUUCAUGUUAAAUUAUCUUAUUAUCUGACAACAACAAUUAGUUGUCGUUUUUCUGUUUGACAAUCAAUAUUUUUUCUUUUAAGAUGGACAAUGUUAAGAAUAAUUUUGUAGACUAGCUGUGAAAACAUGUUAUUAAUGUUUAUGUAACAUGUGCUGUGCUGCUUGUGCCUAUAGAGAAUUGAAUUUGCUCCAGCAGUCAGUAGAAUUAGUAAAUUAUUUGUGAUUUGUGUAAGUUAUAUUUUAUGCCUAUAUUUAUGUUCUAGCUUUUACUUUUUGAAAGAUACAUUCCGUUAUGCGGACACUGUGUCAGAGUUCUUGGGCUCUUGAUAGCAUUUUUGUAUUUUACCCUUUAAAGCUGUGUAGUUGGUUUUUCUACAUAAAACAUAUUGCUACUCAUAACAAGUUGUUCGAAGCUCAAGCUCAUCAAUUUCAUCCGGCUAUUUAUACUUAAAAUCGGCAUCUUCUCAAACUUUUGGUAUUGAACUAACAUGUUCCCAAUUCAUGCUAUUUUCGUGAAAAGUAAUUUUGCUCAAAUAACUUUGUUGCAUUAAAUGACUUGGGUGUAGCACAAUUAUUAAAAUCAGCCUGAGCUUGGUAUACUCAUUUUUCUUUAGAUAGGAUUUUGGAAUUUCUCACUUUUGAUUGCUGUGAGGGGUAUUGUACUGUAGUUUUAGAGUAUAAGUAUAUUUUCUUAAAAUGUUCAUGUGUGUGGAAGGCUGGGAACCUUCUGGCGAGUCUUGCCCCUAUAUUAGCCAAAUUCUUUCUGCGGUAACUUAUUUUUCAGUAUUUGGCUAAGAGUGCUUACCGCAUUGAAAUGGCUUAAAUAAUUUUGCCCGUGCAUUUUUUAGCAGAAAAUUUUAAAUCUAUUAAUCUUGUGUGAUAAAUCACAUUCAAAAUGUGUUGGACUGUGAUCCAUUGUUAAUGUAGUCUUAGCCUUACCUGUGUUUGCCGCUAGUUCUUUCCCAGUUCCUCUUGAAGUUGUGCUAUGAGCUGUAUGAUGUUAAGUUAUUUUGUGUGGUUUAAGGGGAUUGUUUUCUUUUUUGUAGGGGAAUAUUACAACUUUGGUCUUAAGGGUAGACUUCCUCUUCAUUAUUUGAAAUGUUUUUUGACAAGCCUUACCUGGCUAAAGCUCACAACAGUAAUGCAGGAUAUUUUCAUUUGUUUUAUUAUUGGUCACCUGUCAAUAACUCUGAACACUCUAAUGCACAAGAUAUUACAAGUUUAUUGUUGAAACAUUUCUUUUCCAUUUUGUUGUUAACAUUUUUUUCUGGUUUUUAUUUAUUUAAGAAUUUUGUAUGAGCUUUUUUUUUUCCUUUUAUAAAAAGACAGGACAUGUAUUUUUGUAUUGUAACUUUCUUUGGGGAUUUAAUUUACCAACGUUAUUUAGAUUCUGUUUGUGUCCGGUAAGGUUCCAGAAGUGAGUUUUGUCUGGGAAAGCAUAAUAAUUAUCUAUAGGGGCGCACUUUCUCUGUGAUCAGGUCUGUUAAACUUAAUCCUCAUUGUGCGUCCAAAUCAAAUUAAGUCUUGCUCUAUUAUUGUAGCCAAGAAUUGAUUGAGUAUUAAUAAUUGUGUCAAGUGUCUUAAGUAGCUGAGGGGUCUUUUGAUCAUUUGAAGUAUUUUAGCAGUAUGUAACUUUUUUUUUCUUCUAUCUAAUACCAUAAGCUCAAAGACUGAAGUGAAGAGAUACUGGGUCUUAGCCCUUUUGUGAAUGAUAUACUAUGUUUUUGUUGAUUCAAGGAAUAUUUGUUGCCCAGACUUGGACAAUCAUUACUCACAUCAGAAAGGGCAUGCUGGCACCUCUCGACUUCAGCCUGUUUGAAAGCAAAAUCUUGUUGUAUCGUAAUGCAAAGUUGAUUUUUGCUCUGAUUGUCUGUUGUAGUUACCGAGGAAACUGAAAUGCAUCACAAGAAUUUACAGUCAAUGAUUUGUUAAUGCUCCUUUGUAGAGGAAGUGUAUGUUUUCUUUGCUUGUUUUUCUAAUUCCUUGAAAAAAGAAAAAAACAAGUCAGUCAAGUCAUCUUGUUGCAACUGAAUUUUAAGUAUGCAGGGGAGGCCCUAUGCAUUGGUGGCUAUCAUUUGUUUUCUAAAAGAUCAAGGUAUGUUUAGGCUACAAAAUCAUCAUUCUCUCAUGGAUUAUGACCAAUUAUGUAUGUAUAAAGCACUUAUCUCUAAUUUUGUUUGUAUAAGGUUCUUUUCUCAAUGUGUAAGGCCAUGUGCAGUUUUUCUGGACAUUGCUUUUCUAAUGGAUUAUUGAUGCUUUUACUAUUUGCUGGAUUAUUUUUAUAAGUGCCAUAUGUAUAUUUGUGUGUGUGUGAUUGAGUGUGUGUAAACAUAUUUGUUCCUUUUUUUCUUCUUUUUUUUAAAAAUGAUAGUUUGUAAUGAUAAUACAAUACUGUGGAAGAAACCAUAGCAAUAACUACCGACAGACUUGAAAGCCCCCUGCCCUACAUCCGUUUCCUUGUGAUACUUUGCCAACAAACUAUUAAUAUUUCAAUUCUUUUUAAGCAUGGCUUAAAGAAAUGCUAGUAUAUUUUGCUCUUUUACUUUUGUCUGCAGGAAGAGUGCUCUUCCUCAUGCCUUACCAGUUUUAGGUGAGAAUCUCAGUAUGAUCUGGAUAGAGUGCAUAUUAGUGCCACUGGAGGGAAAAUGUCGAAUACAUUUCCACUUAUCUGUCAUCUGAGGUAUCCCGUGGAAAAGCGCUUAAAAUUAUUGUAACUCUUUUGUAUGCCUCUUUUUAACAUCUGUUGUUCUGUAGGUACUGUAAUGUCUUAUCAGACUGUUCUGCUAAGGCCCUUGUAUUGUACUUAAAUUACAUGUGUCUAAAAGAAAGAUUACUUCCUACCACA